CACACUGCAAUAGAGGCUGCCUAUUAUUCUAUGUCCCUUCAUCCUUCUGAUGUAACCAGGCUGCAAACUGUACAAUUAUGAAUAAUAAGGAUGUGAAGACUGCUGAGAGGACAUCCCUGCUUUAUCCCAGCACAGAACACAAAAGGACAGCCACCAGUGAGCAUGGCACGGUACUGUAAUGAGAGGACUAUGGCUAUCUGCUGUGUGUCACCUCACUCUUCCUUUUACUUUGCUUCUUUGUGUAUUUUCUGUUUGCUCAGUCAUGUACAGGCUGGCUCCAGUUACUGGGACAACCUCGCUGCUGAGUACGUGGAAGGGGAGACAAUGUUCCCAGACCCGGGAGCGGAUGACAUAAGCCAGGACCUCCUACAUGGCGACCCUGACCUAGUGUCAGAACAGCAUUUGCCUGAACAUUGGGAAGAGUCUGCCUUCCAGCCCUCCAGUGUCUUCUCCACGCACGAUCUGGGCACUGUGAUGGUAGAUUCUUACAGGGGCCCCGGUAACAGUGACACAAGGAGUAACAAGGAGCUGCCCAUUCUCCUAUGGUGGAGCGAAAACUUGUUCCCACACUUUCCCGGGGACACCGAGCGGAUCGAUUGCCCCCAAAGCUCCUGUAUGGUGACCAAGAACAAAAGUGUGAAACUUCACAAGAGGACAAAAGCCGUCAUCUUUUAUGGCACGGACUUCAGGGCUUAUGAAGCCCCUCUUCCCAGGCUGGGCCACCAGACGUGGGCCCUGUUUCAUGAAGAGUCCCCGAUGAACAACUAUGUUCUGUCACAUUUCCCGGGGAUCCAACUGUUUAACUAUACAGCUACCUUCCGCCGCGAGUCUGAUUACCCCCUCACCUUACAGUGGCUGCCCAGUGUCAGCUAUUUACAGCACCCUGCAGUGUCUCUGACAGAGAAGAAUAAAUGGCGUGAGAAGGGCUAUGCCCCAGUACUAUACAUGCAGUCCCACUGCGAUGUCCCAUCAGACCGAGACCGCUAUGUCAAGGAGUUCAUGAAGUACAUACAGGUUGACUCAUAUGGCCAGUGUCUGAAGAACCGCCAACUUCCAAAUAAAAGACUUGAGGACACUUCAACAGCCACUACUGAAGAUCCAGAAUUCAUGGCAUUUACCUCCAGGUAUAAGUUUCACUUAGCAAUGGAAAAUGCCAUAUGCGCUGAUUAUAUGACGGAGAAGCUGUGGCGCCCAAUGCAUCUAGGGGCCGUUCCCAUUUACCGUGGUUCGCCUUCCGCGAAGGAUUGGAUGCCAAACAACCACUCUAUCAUACUAAUUGAUGACUUUGCUUCACCUAAAGACCUGGCAGACUUUAUCCUCUCUUUGGACAGAAAUGACGAAGAGUACCUGAGAUACUUGGAAUAUAAAAAACCUGGUCAAACAACCAACAAGUUCCUGGUAGAAAGUAUAGAGGAAAGAGAAUGGGGAGUUAAUGACAUGACGGCUCCUAACUACCUCAAUGGCUUUGAAUGCUUUGUAUGUGACCAGGAAAAUGCAAGAGUAAAAGCAGAGAAGAGCCAUAGAAAAGGAAAAGGUCCAGCUCCUGCAAAGCGCAUUGCUGCGUACAAUCAUAUGGGGUGUCCUAUGCCUGUGCCUGGUCUGGGAAGUGCUGAGAAGCUUCCAGAAGAUGACAGCUGGAAGCAGAUGUGGCUGCAGGAUUACUGGCAGGGUUUUGAUCAGGGAGAAGCUCUUACGGCCAUGAUUUUACAAAACGAAACAAGUCAGGACCAAUUUUGGGAUUUCAUGCACGAAAUGUUUAUUAAAAGGAACAUGCAUCACUGAUCUUCACACAGGAUUAUGGCCAGUGACUGGUUUCAUACCAAAAACCAACAAGUAUCCUUGGACUGUAGAACACUGAAGGGUUCCUGAUUACUGUGAUAAGACAUUCUGUACCUUACAAAGACUUAUUGACUUCUGCCACUUAUUGCUUCCUGUGUAUGGAAAGUAUUAUUUCAUGCAAUAAGUACAAACUUUUGUAAUAGGAACAAAAAUGUAUGAACUUUCCUGAAUUCUCCAAAUUGGGGCUGUUUUUGUAUUUCUUUUUAAACUUCUAGAUACUUUUAAUACUAGGUGAGGUAGUAGAGAGCGGAAAUGAUUGUAUUUAUACCAAAUAAGUGUUUCUUCGUAGACUGUUACAUUGUUUGAACUCAUAGGAAUGCCAAAAGGGAACUACACAUGUAUGAAUCCUGCGGGA